UAGCGCGAGUACAGAGUUGCUGUGUUUGUACACAAAAUGUGUUUGAAGAUAAUCUAAUGUAGAAGUUAGAUAUUGAAAACAACCCAUGGCGUCUGGAGGAUAUGGGCGAGGGGGACGCGGUGCUGCCCUUCUUGAGGCCCUAAAUGCACCUGUAAGAAAGCCUGGUGGAAUGGAAGAGAAGCUAGCUCCUUCAAAGGUAUCCCAGCCAGGUAUACUGCAGACCAAGUCACAACCACCUGAGCCACCUGUGGCUAGCCAACCACCACCUCCCAAGUCUAUAGCCAGGGGUAGAGGUGCUUUGGGACUCCUGGCAUCUGCAGCAGGUCGAGGAAUCCUCCCUCCAAAAGCACAGCCAGCAGGAACAACACCAGCAGUGACCCCAACAGAAACAAGUGUACAGCCAAGAGGAGUAGAGGCUCUGUUUAGACUCACGUCUGGAAGAGGUGGCAUGAUGGCUGCAGCUGCUGCUAAUGGUGGACAACAAACCGGCCUGGGCCAGCCUUUACAACAAAUGCCCUCUAAACAGUCACCACCUGCUAGUCUUGGUCAGUCUCCUCCUGCAACACAACAGGCAACAGUUAAGGCACCAGCUCCAGUGGCAAGUAUGGGCAAGGCUUCAGGGGAAAGGGCGCCGCUCACAAGUAGAUUUAACAGCAUGUCAUUAGAUCGUGAUGAGGUGGUUCACCGACCAGGUUCAGUCGGUAAACAUUUGUUGUUGUCAGCAAACUACAUCAAGCUACGCUGUCUCAACUCAGGGGUAUACCAGUAUCAUGUAGAUUUCAGUCCCCAAGUGGACUCUAAAAACAUGAGGUUCAAGAUGAUGAGUGAGCUGAAAGAUAUCAUAGGAAGUACAAAAGCCUUCGAUGGUAGCAUACUCUACCUGCCUAUUAAACUCCCAAAUCAGGAAACUGUAGCACACUCAACAAGGCUGACUGACAAUGUGGACAUCACAAUCACAAUUAGACUGACCAAGGUGGUGGCUCCAGAGGCUUGUGUGCCACUCUACAACAUAAUCUUCAGAAAGAUAAUGAGAAUUCUGGAGAUGGUGGAGGUUGGCAGAUAUUAUUACAACCCAAAGACACCAUCAGCAGUCCCACAGCACAAGUUGGAAGUAUGGCCUGGUUACAUAACAUCAGUGUGUGAAAACGAAGGUGGAUUGAUGUUACUGGCUGAUGCUAGUCAUAGAGUCCUGCGCACUGAAACUGUGUUGCAGAUGUUGCAUACCAUACUACAAAGGAAUCCGCAGAGUUUCCAUGAUGUGUGCAAUCGUACCUUGAUAGGGACCAUUAUCCUGACACGGUAUAACAAUAAAACCUACAGAAUAGAUGACAUCCUGUGGGACAAAUCACCCCAGCACACAUUUACUUGUGGCAACACCGGUGAACCAAUGACUUUCAUAGAGUAUUACAAGAAAGCCUAUAACAAAACCAUAUCUGAUCAUGAACAGCCUCUUCUACUUCACAGACCUAAGAGGAAAACUCUACCAGGGAAUAAAGAGGCAAAGUCUGAGGCUAUUUGUCUGAUUCCUGAGUUAUGUUAUGGCACAGGACUCACUGAUGAACUCCGAAAUGACUUCAAAGUUAUGAAGGACAUUGCAUGUCAUACGAGAGUGACACCAAAUCAAAGAAACCUGACCAUGAAGAAAUUCAUAGACAGUGUUAAUGGAAAUCCAGAUGCCAAGAAGGAACUGUCAAACUGGGGAUUAGAGCUAAUGAAUGAUACACUAAGUAUGGAUGGUAGAUUGCUUCCCCAAGAAAACAUCAUCUAUAGAAAUUACAAAAGUUUGGCUGGUCCAAAUGCUGACUGGGGCCGUGAUGUCACCAAACAGCACGUGAUAACGGCAGUACCUCUCAAGAACUGGGUUGUACUAUACACAAAGAGGGAUGGGACUAAAGCUUCAAACUACAUUAAACAGAUGCUCCAGUGUUGUCCGCAGAUGGGCAUAGAAUGUCAUCCUCCAGUUCGGUUUGAGCUACACGACGACCGAACAGAAACAGUGAUAAGAACUCUGAGAGAGAACAUUAACCCAUCUAUUCAGAUGGUGGUGAUUAUCUGCCCUACUAGUCGAGAUGACCGAUACUCAGCAAUUAAGAAGCUGUGUUGCUCGGAAUGCCCUGUUCCUUCUCAGGUCAUCAUUGCCAAAACGAUCAUGAGAGAGGAUAAACUGAGGAGUGUUACUCAAAAGAUAGCAUUGCAGAUUAAUUGUAAGAUGGGAGGAGAACUCUGGGCAUUGGAAAUUCCAAUGAAAAAGCUGAUGGUGAUCGGGAUAGACGUUUAUCAUGAUGCUGCCAAAGGUAAGAGGUCAAUCGCAGGAUUUGUUGCCAGCACCAACCCCCAGUGUACCACCUGGUACAGCAGAGUGUGCUUUCAGAUGCCAGGUCAAGAACUUGUGGAUGGCCUCAAACUGUGUCUCAUCUCAGCCAUUAGAAAGUACCAUGAAGUGAACCAUGUGUUCCCUGAGAAGAUUAUUGUAUUCAGGGAUGGUGUGAGUGAUGGACAACUCCAGUUUGUGUCUGGUCAUGAGGUGGAACAGCUGAAGGGUUGUUUUAGUCAAUUUGGAGAGGAUUACCAGCCCCGCCUGGGAGUAGUUAUUGUCCAGAAGCGUAUCAAUUCAAGAAUAUUCCUUAAGGGUAAUCAUGAGAUGGAGAAUCCACCAUCAGGAACUGUUGUUGAUCACACCAUCACGAGAAGGGAAUGGUAUGACUAUUUCCUUGUGUCCCAGCAUGUAAGACAAGGUACUGUGUCUCCUACCCAUUACAUAGUGGUACAUGACAGCACAAACCUCAAGCCAGACCACAUGCAGCGACUAUCUUACAAAAUGACCCAUUUAUAUUAUAACUGGCCAGGAACUAUCAGAGUUCCAGCACCUUGUCAGUAUGCUCACAAACUUGCCUACCUGGUGGGACAGAACAUUCACAAGGAACCUGCACCUGAGCUAUCAGACCGACUCUUCUUCUUGUAAACAUAGUCCCACAACAAAAAGUACCUCAUAAAUCUUCUUUUAACAUGCAAGCAGCAUGAGGGAACAAACAGAUCCAUGUUACUGAUCUUAAUUAUCCCAAAUCACUUAGGGAAAAAUUUGUUUUAGAUGAACAUAAAAAUGAGAUCCAGUUCCAAAUAAAGUGUUUUGCCUGGCUAGAAUAACAUCCCUGGUGUCCUGAUUUAUGUGGAGCAUCAUCAAUACAGACAAUCGUACAUUUUUAUGGCAAAGCUGUUUGGACAAAUCUGAUGAGUUUUUGUGCAAUUUUUGUAACUAUAAUAUAUUUACACAUCACCUGUUGGGCUGGAUGAUGUAUUUGUUUGAUUUCAUUGAAAGUAAAACACAUUAAUAUGAUCCAUUUAAACUUGAAUGCCAGGAGCUACAUGACGGAUGAACAUGAUAAAGUGCAAUUACAGUAGGUGUGUCCUAACCAGCCCUUUGGUGCUAUUUAAUAUGGGAAACCUAACACUGCCAGAUAUCUUGUUCCUCAGGUGAAUGUAUGUCCACUUUGCUGAACCACAAUAGGAUAAGAUCCGGCUACCAUGUAUUUAGUUGAUCUUUUCCUUAUGUGGUUGCAAGAUUGUCUUCUUCAGCAAAUUGUUUUCAUGUCUUGGUUUUUUGAAAAUUCAUGACAUGUUUAAAGUGAGAUGUCUGGAUAUAGGUAUUUUGAUAUCUCAAGUUUGUGUGUCCUGGUCUUCAGCGAAGACUAAUCCAAUAUGCAGCUACCUACCAUUGUGACUUUUAUAUCUGUGAUAAAGACAAUCAUAGUUAUCAUUUAUUAACAUUGCUACCUACCAUUAUGACUUGUAUUUCUGUAAUAUCUUACAAUUUAUUAGCAUUGCUACCUACCAUUAUGACUUGUAUUUCUGUAAUGUCUAAGCAUUUGUAAGCAUUGCUACCUACCAUUAUGACUUUAUUUCUGUAAUGUCUAAGCAUUUGUAAGCAUUGCUACCUACCAUUAUGACUUCUGUAAUAUCUUAGCAUUUAUAAGCAUUGCUACCUACCAUUAUGACUUCUGUAAUAUCUUAGCAUUUAUAAGCAUUGCUACCUACCAUUAUGACUUCUGUAAUAUCUUAGCAUUUAUAAGCAUUGCUACCUACCAUUAUUACUUGUAUUUCUGUAAUAGUAACAUCAUGUUUAGCAUUUAUUAACAGAAGUGUGAUGUCAUCACUCCACAUAUUACUGUCACUCUGCUAUGGAACAUGUAUAAGCCUAUUUCAUAUUUGUAAUUUUAUCGAUUUCAUUUCUUAUUAGCAUCAUUAAUUUACAUACAUAUUAAUAAAAAUAUGAGUUUUGUUUCCACUACGAUUACUGUAAAUAGAGACCUAGUGCAAUUGCUUCUCUACUCAAUAAUCAAAUUAACCAAAUGUUUUAUUUGUGUUCAUAAUAUCUUUUAGGGAAGCCCAUGUUUCAACUUUUCACAAGCAUGCCUUAGUAAUGCAGUUCAACUUUCAAAAAUAAUGUCUCUGUCAAUGUCUGUUACUUGACAUUCUGAUAAUCUAACAUAAGGUAUUUGAAAUUAUCUUCUGGAAGUCUUGCAUGGAAUGGAGAGAAUUUUUACUGGAAUAGUUAAAGCGGUACAACUGAUUGAAGUGAGGUUUUGUAGAUUUUUGGCCAAAACAGUCAUGAGUCUUGCAGUGGGGUCUCUGCCAGUUGAUCACAGUUGACAAAACCUUUGUGUUUAGUCAGAACACGGUAAUUAGAUCAGGUGGUGUAAAUAAGAGGGAGGAAUGAUCAAGAUUCAGCAUUAUUCAAGAACUAUGAAAGCAAGGAAUGUAUCAAUGAAGGAAAAAGUGAAAAUGUUGAGUAUUCUUUGGAUGUGUUAAACUAAAUUGAAUUGUUCACUUGGUUUAGACAUGUCAACAGCAGUUAAAAUAUUUCAAAAACUGGCUGUAAUAUCAAUAAACUCAAGUGUGAUUGAGUUUAACCCUUAAUACUGAUGUAAAUGUACUGUCUGCCAAAACUAGUCGUUGUUAUGCUCCAGCCUUUUUCUGGGUUUAUCUAUGCAAUCAAUUUUGUUUGUAAAAUGUCCAGGCAGACAUAUUUGUAAUUUUGGACUUUUCCAUAAUUAAUAAUGUAGGAGGGUCUAUGUCGUCUUUAUUCCCUAUGUUGAGCAUAUGAAGGGCACUUUUCAAAGCCUGCAACCAUAAUUAAAAAUGUGUGUAUGAGGGUAAACUGAUCUGAACUUGACCCCAACAAAUGAUAAAUGCCUCUUUCCUAACUAAUUACGGAAUAGUCCUGGAGUGUCAUUUUAUUCUUAAUUUAAAUAUGUGGUUCAAAAUUUUAAACUGUGUACAUGUAUGUUUUACCAGUUAAUAUUUUAUGUUCAGUGCACAUAGCAUUGUUAGUGAAACUAUGAUGUUGAUAAUAGUUGUCUUGUUAUAGUACUUUCUAAUGAUUUUUUAAAGUUCUAUCAGUGUUGUGAACAUUUUUGUUAGCAUUUUGUUAGGUAAUAUAUAUUUUCAAGGGAAAAACAUCUGUCGAUUAUAUAUUAGCUUGUGUUUAAAUAAAAUAAAGGUGGGAAAAGAGAAAAUACUGACCAAAUUGAAAUAUUUCUUUACACUUUUCUUUUACAAAAUUGUAGUACAAAAUUUGAAUUCACAAUUUGGAAACAGCUUUUUUCCUGGGGAUUUGCAAUUUAAAUCGGAAACUAAACAAAGAAACAAAUCUUUAGAACAAUAAAAUAAAUUCUUCAGCUGAUCGAUGCUUAAGAAACUAUGCCCCCUCUUUUUUUCCAAAGAUGAGCAAACCCUUUCAGAAGUUUUGUAAACAUAUAAGUCUUAAUGAAGCAACUGUAUAACACUUUUCAGGAAAAAUAAACGAAAUUUUUUUGGUGACCAGUAGCAAUUUAAUUUAUGGUAUCAUAAAAAUCUUGAAACAAUUUGUCAAUUUGGUGAUCAAAUUUGCAGAUUAUGUGGCAUAUGUUUUAACACUAUAUUUAUGCUACAUUUUAAUAACAGUCUUAUAUUUUGAUAUUUGAUGGACAACCAUGAACGCUACUUGAAACUUGGGUUUUAGAUUCAAAAUGUACUACAGUAAACAACUCAUGUAUUGGUUUCACAGAUACGUUUUACCCAAUUCAUGUCCCAACUUUGUCCUCUCUACUUGACUUUUGGCUACCUUUAAAAAAACAUUGUCCAACACAAAUUGCAAUUGUUGUCCUCACCUUUUAUUGGAAAGAACAAAAACAUCCCCUGCUCAAAAACCUUGAUCCUCACAGUUUUCCCUGACAUAAGUUAUACUGGUCAAAGUUAAUUUGCUCAUCAAUGGAAUUUUUUGGGGAAAAAACAAAACAAAAUAAUCUUGACUGAUACGAGUCAAAAGUGUGAAAUAAUACUCGGGUUCUAACAAAUAUUUGAUAACCAAAAGGAUAUUUGAAAGAUGACUCACCUUAGUUUUCAGUUAAUUAGAAGUUAUUCUUUGAAAUUUUAGGGGAUUUGUUAAAAGCUUCUAAAAAUUCUAUUGGUGUGCACUGAAGAGUUGUUUGAACCAUUCUUUUGUAUUGAUGAAAGUAUGGAAUAAAAGUUAUU